UUACUGUUGAAGUUAUGGAGGAAACCUUAUUUUCGACAUUAAAACUUCAGAUUAGUGUUGAAGCCGGGCUGAAUGUGGGUCAAUUUCUCAUAGCAAAGGAUGGCAAUCUUUUAACUGGCUCUGAUGAAGCAACUCUGAAAGAUGUCGGGCUACAUGAUAAUGAUCUUCUUUUUAUCGCACCAGAUUUUGACAGACAUAAUUUAGACUUCUCAAGUAUUCAACUUCCAAAUUCUUCACGAGAUGCUAACUCAUGUGCGGCUGAAUCGGCCCGACAAAUGUUACUUCAAGCGUCCCCUUAUCAAAUUUCUGUGAUAAGAGAGAGGAAUCCUGAGUUAGCUGCAGCUAUAGAUAAUCCGACGGAAUUCGCUCAAGUGUAUGAAGCUCAAAAACGACGAGCAAGGGAAACUGAAGCCGAAUUAGAGCAACUUAUGAGCGCUGACCAAUUAAAUCCAAAUGUACAAACUCGCAUCGCUGAACUUAUUCAACAGCGAAAUAUCGAUGCGCAAAUGGAGACCGCCCUCGAACAUUACCCCGAAACAUUUGGUCAAGUGACAAUGCUCUAUGUGCAGUGUCGCGUACAAGGUCAUGAAAUUAAAGCAUUUGUAGAUUCUGGAGCUCAGACCACAAUCAUGAGCGAGAAUUGUGCAAGACGCUGUGGCUUGGAUAGACUGAUUGAUAAACGCUGGGCCGGAAAAGCCUAUGGAGUCGGGACCCAAGUUAUUAUUGGACGAGUCCAUAACAGUUUAAUUGAAAUUGGAAAUAUAUUUAUCCCCACCUCUUUUAUAGUGCUACAAGACCAGCAGCUAGAUCUAUUAAUCGGGCUGGAUAUGCUUAAGCGCCACCAGUGUACUAUUGACCUCCGCCGCAACGUGCUUAUUAUUGACGGCCGAGUCGAGGCGCCAUUCCUGCCGGAGUCCGAGCUGCCGCUAUCUGCCAGGCAUCCUGAAAUGCAGGAUCUUGAUUCACAUUUAGAUAACAAUUUCCAGAAUAGUAGAUCAACCUGCCAACCGACUGUCACUGCACCCAGUUCCUCCAGCCUUGUGAAUAAUCAGCAUCAAAAAAAUAAGGUAUUACCCAGUAGAUCCUUUGUGUUUCCCACAACUCAACUAAAGUUUUAA